CCCAGGGCACAUAGAGCAUCGGCAUCCUGCACGUCUUCCCCACACGCCUGACAAGGCGGGCGCGUACAACAUAGGCAUUCUGCACUUCCGCCCCACGGAUCCGGCAAAGCGGUUUGCGCGCGCGUGGGCGGAGCAGCUGGCGUUGGACGGCAAGGUGUGGGACCAGAACGGCUUCAACGACCUCAUGCGGCAGAAGCUGGGCCCCGCCGUCAACCCCGACGCCCACGACCACGUCUUCUGGGCCUUCGACGGCUCGCUCAAGCUCGGCAUCCUGCCCGUCGCGCUCUUCUGCUCCGGCCACACCUACUUCGUGCAGCACCUGUACCGGCGGGUGGGCGUGGAGCCGUACGCCAUGCACGCCACGUUCCAGUUCGCGGGCACCAACGGCAAGCGCCACCGCUUCCGCGAGGCCAUGGCGUUCAUCGACCCCCCGGAGUACUACGACCCUCCAGGUGGCGUGCUGUCAUUCGUUAACAACAUUCGGGAGGAGCUGCUGACAGGUGGCGACCACUCUCUGCAGACGCACUUCAGCCUCGUCAACUACCAGGUCAGCUCCCUGCCAGCGCGUGGGCACGACUUAAAGGAACCGUUUGAUUCCCCCAUCCAAAACACCUGCGCCCUUCUCCCACCACUGCAGGUGCUGCCUGCCACGUGGGUGCGGUACGAUCGCAUCUGGUUCCCCCACCCCGGGAUACUGGACGGCACCGACACACCGCAGCCGUUCCUGGCGCCCGCGGACCACGUGGUGGAGGUGCAGAAGAUGCUGCCCGGCGCACUCAAGGACGACGAGUUCGGCCCCGCCGUGCCCAUCCGCGAGUACUCCUUCCUCGACAACCCACGCACCCCACAAGCGGUGCUCAAGUCGAAGCUGGCCGUGCAGCUGUGUGACGAGGGCUCGCCCGACUGCCCCUCCACGCCCGAUGGCCCCACCGACACCAUUCGCAUGAAGAAGAACACGCGGCAGAACGAGCUGAAGGCAGUGCUCUCGCGUUACUCAGACAUCAAGUGGAUCGAGUUUUCUUCCAUGGUGGACUCCUUUGGAGGCUGGGACGACAAGGCCAUGGAGAGGAAGUUCAGAUGGCGGCUGCGGCAGUACGUGGGCAUCUGGUGCUGCGUCAAUGCACAGCCAGGGCACAUCUGGUACGACUUCUUCAACGAUGAGAUCCCGGGGUGGAAGCCACGGCCGCCAGCCAAUUGGACAGAGGACCACCCGCCAUGGGGCAAGGACCAACCGGGUGCCUUAUGA